CCCAAGGACGGAACUGCCUAUAUAAAUGUAGUCUGAAUAAUAAAAAUAAACAGUUUCGAUUUGAAGGCACACUAGUGUGAUCCCGGAGGACCGUGUUUUAUAAAAAUAACUUGAGUAAUACUAAAAUAAAAUAUGCUUGCUAAACUGAUCUUCGUGUUCGCUCUGUUGGCCGUCGCCCUGGCCGCUCCUCAGUACUACUACCCCGGGUCCGGCUACGGGUACAGCGGGUACUCGUCAAGCUACCCCGGGUACUACGGGUACUCCGGCUACUCCCCGCUCUCCUACAGCGGCUACGGCGCCUACCCGGGCUCCAGCUACAACUACGGAUACAGCUAUUACUAAGUUCAUUGUUUAAUUUCACGUACCUUUUGUUUAUAUAAAUAUUAAUAUAAUUAUAUCAGUUUAAA